GGGCUGGAGGAGAGAAACCAGGUCAGCCCCGAGCCGCCAGCGUCACCCUGGCACGCAGCAGCCGGCUCCUUCGAGGAAGCAGGGCGAGGAUCCGGCCCCGGUGACGUCCCCUCCGGCGCGCACGGCAUGCGCCUGGCCGGCGCUCGCUCGCUCGAGGAACCGCCUCGGCCCCGCUGUGGGGACCAUGUUCGUCAUCAUCAUCUUCAUCUUCAUCUCCAUCAUCUUCCUCAUCAUGAUCUGCCACAUCUGCCGCAAGCUGUGCCGCGAUGAGCCCCUGCACCCCCCGCCCUACAUGGACCCCCAGUCCCCCGCCCCCCCACAGCUUGGCCCCAUGCCCGCGCUGCCCAGCCUGCCCGGGGGGGGCAUCCCCAUGGGCCUGGAGCCCCCGCCCUACAGCGAGGUGACGGCGAAGCCCUUCCUCUACCCGCUGCCGCAGGGGCCGUGCCCCGAGUGCGGCCACAACCCCGAGGCUCAGCGCGCCCCCCCCACCCAGACCAACUUCUGGGGGGGGGGGACACCCCCAGCACCCCCACGGAGACCGGAGGCUCCAGGGACAGCAUGGGGACACCCCCUGGGGCCAGCAGCAGCCCUGGAUGCAGAGGGGCUCCCCGCACCCCUCAUUGGGGGGCACCCCGAUGCUUGUGUCUGUGGACCCCCCCCUGCGGCCACGCUCCCCAAGGCUGUGCUGCUGGUGCACAGCGGCGGGGCUCUCUAUUUAUUGUUUGAAAAGAACCCAAAGCUCUCCCUGUUCUGCUGUUUUGGGGGAGGGUCUGGAGAGGGGGCCUUGGGGUGGGCAGUUCUGAAGCCCCCAUAGGGCCAGAGGGACUUG